AAUAUUUUAUUUUAUGUUUUGGUCGAAAAGAAGAUAAGAGAAGAUUAUGUUGUGUCAACUUUUGAUCGUUUGAAUACAAAAGAUAGAAAAUCGGGAAAAUAAAAUAAGCACCACAUGUUCAGAUUUUUUCCUAACAAGAAGAAAAGAAGUCGCAGUUUCAUCGUCUUUCUUCCAUUAUCGUGCAAUUAAAUUCUCUCAUUUUCAAGAAAAUAUCUGAAAAAACAGAAACUUAACAGAAGCAGCUUCGAUCAAGAGAUGGCUUCACUUACUUCAAUAGCCACGCCUUACCCAUCUUCAUCGCAGGCUUUGCGUCUGAAAUCCUCCGGAAACACUCUUUUCUCUGCCGGAGUUCGAUCGGCAGCAAUGGUUUCCGGUCACAAAACGCUUAAGAUUCAAUGCACUUCAACCAAACCUGCCAAACCUGCAGCUGAAGUCGAUUGGAGACAGAAGAGAGAGCUUCUAUUGGAGAAAAGGGUGAGAAGUGUGGACGUGAAGGAAGCUCAACGGUUACAAAAAGAAAACAACUUUGUGAUUCUUGAUGUAAGACCAGAGGCAGAGUACAAGGCGGGUCAUCCUCCGGGAGCUAUCAAUGUGGAGAUGUACAGACUCAUAAGGGAAUGGACGGCAUGGGACAUAGCUCGCCGUCUUGGCUUUGCUUUCUUUGGUAUCUUCUCUGGCACAGAAGAGAACCCUGAGUUUAUUCAAAGUGUAGAAGCUAAACUUGACAAAGAGGCAAAGAUCAUAGUAGCUUGUUCAUCCGCGGGUACAAUGAAGCCGACACAAAAUCUUCCCGAAGGCCAACAAUCGAGGUCUCUCAUAGCUGCUUAUCUUCUGGUCCUUAACGGCUAUAAGAACGUAUUUCACCUAGAAGGUGGAAUCUACACAUGGGGCAAGGAAGGUCUUCCUGUUGAAACAAUUGAAGAAGACUAACCAACUUCUUUACUCUAGAGUUGUCCAGUUUUGUAUAUCUGUCCAUUUCAGUUAGUUGCAUUUAGAGAUUUGGCUUUUCAGAGAGUGUUUUGAGGUUUGUAAAACUUCAGACUUUACCAUGAAAUCCAGCAAACUCGACCGGAAUCCAGAGAAAAGGAACUUGAUUG